AUGGAUUCACAAGGUGAGGAAAAAUUCUCGGAAUUCUACGAGAGGUGGAUAAGGCAGCUGGAGGGCCAUCUCCGCCUGCUCCUCGUGGCGCCGCCCCAGCAGCAGCAGCAGCAUUCGGGGGAGGCGGACUUCAGGCCCAUUGUGAACAAGCUCACGGCCCACCACAAGGAGUAUUAUAGAAUCAAAUGGGCCUCGGCCCAGAACGACGCCCUCCCCUUCUUCGCUCCGGAGUGGCUCAGCCCCCUCGAGAACGCCUACCUCUGGGUCACCGGGUGGAAGCCCUCCCUCGCCUUCCGCCUCCUUGACUCGCUCAAGGAGGCCCGCUCCGAGAGCGGCUCCAGCCUCGCCGGCCUCAGCGAGGAUCAGGUGAGGGGGAUAGAGGCGUUGCGGGUGAGGAUAAAGGCGGAGGAGGAGAGGGUGGAGAGGGAGAUGGAGCGGCAGCAGGUGGCGAUGGCGGACAGGAAGAUGGUGGAGCUGGCGCGCCUCGAUGGGGAGGCAGCGGAGGUGGAGGUGGAGGUGGAGGUGGCGCUGAAGGGGCUCGUGGCGGGGAUGGAGAAGGUGAUGAAGAUGGCCGACUGCGUGAGGCUGAAGACGAUGAAGGGGGUUCUCGACGUGCUCUCUCCCAUGCAGUGCGUGCAGUUCCUCGCGGCCACCUCCAUGAUGCAGAUUCAGAUGAGGAAAUGGGGGAAGGUUACUAAAUAA